AUGAAUCACGCAAAUCAUUCACAAUCUUCGUUAAAUGAUAACAACUAUUACGAUAUUUCUAUCGGCAAAAAUGUGUCGGGAAAUAGCAUGAAUGGAAAUAAGUCGUUUCCGUCAGUUUAUCCUCCUAGAAGAGUUGGUUCAUUAAGCUCGUUACUAACUUUAAAUGAAUCCAAAAGACCAGGCGAUUAUUAUAUUCAAAAAAUGAGCAACAGUUCGAUUAACCUAACAGGAGCCAACUCAAAAUCAAAGCAUGCGCUCAACGUUGCUAAUAGACCUAAAUCUGGUGAAUCUAUACUAUCGUUGCAAUCGAAUUAUUCCGACGAGACUUCGCUGGCAAACUCGUCCCAAUUUGAUGUGCCAGAUUCAAGGUUAAGCUCGUUGACAAGCAACUCUCUUAUUUCCCCAAGUCAGUCACCAUCUCAUAAUCUGUUUUGUGCUAAUAAUAAUUCCAGUGCAAAUACUAGUGGCUCCACUGACUCUAAUGAUAAAACUAAUGACAAAAUUAAUGAAGAAAAUGAAAAUGAGGAUGAAAGCAACGAUCAAAUUAAUUCAUCUUUAUCAACACUAACUUUGAAAAACAAAAGUAUUGACUCCAGCUCUGAUCUUUCAUAUAAUCAAUCACCUUCGACAAGUCAAGUGAGCAGGCCAAGAUUAAAGGCAUCGUCAACAACAAAUGUCAUCAAACAAAGACCCCCAAAACUUCAGACAAUAAAGUCUGCUACUUCCUUACAAAGAACCAAAACUAAGUUUCUCAGUGCUAAAGAAACUAAGGAAAGACAACAAUUACGCAAAAAGCUUUAUGAUGAGAAUGACGAUGACGACGACAUACUAGCCAAUGAUCUUGAUAUUUUCAAUGUUCCAGUUAUUAAAAACCACGCUGAAUUAUACAUCAAUAAGAAUUCUUCGAAGUAUUUAUCUCGCCAUGACUUAGUAACUGAUGAUAGCAAGUAUAAUGUGAAUACGUCAACUGAAAUGAAGCCUUGCCCAUUACCUGGUAGAUUAAAUUCAACUUCUGAUAUUACUCGAAGCUCUAAUAUAAGAUCUGAUAUCUCAGAUGAUAGUAUCUUGGAAGAAAGUGAACAUUCAUUUUCCUUUAGUACAGAUAAUGAUGGUGAAAUUUCUCAAAAUAUUUCAAACUUUUAUAAUCAAAGGUCGGAAUCAUUUUCAAAAUUAAUGAAAAUGACUAGAGAACAGGAUAUGAUAUAUAAACUUCCAAAUUUUAUAAAGUCUCAAUCUUCCAUCGAAGAUAUCAAUUUAAUUUCGCCUGAGAAAAUAAACUGCUUGGAUCAAACCAGACCGAUUAAUCUUCCCCCAAAAAAUAACACUGAUAAAUCGAAGCACAAUAAAGAAUUUAAACGAGUAUUAAAUAAUUACGAGAACAAUACAAAAUUAGCCAAUGAAACAAGGAAGAGAAUCAGUGAAUCAAUAGUUAAUCAACAACAACAAUGGUUUAAAUUAAUGAUGAGUAGUAAAAAAGAGUUCAACAAGAAGUUAACAAGUGAUAAAGCUAUGGUUAGAAAAUUAUCGUGGGAAUCCAAUUGUCCUGAUAAGUUUAGAUACGACUUUUUUAUGAAUGCACUUUCAAAUGAUGAUGACCAGACCAUUACGAACUUGAAAGAUUCAUUCCAGGCAUCCCAAGAGAAAUAUAGUAACUUAUCUCAUUCUAUUAAAGUUAAUAAGGAUAUUGAGUUUAAUAAUGUCAUAGAAUUAAUUUUGCAACGACCACUAUACGAUUCGAUUAUGAAAGAAUUACAUGAAAAUAUUGAAGUCAAUUUCAAUUUAGAUGAUUUUAAGAACAACCUUAGACAUUUGCUUUAUAUUAAAUCGUUAUCCGAAAAUGGUUUACGAAAGCAGGAUGAAAUUUUCUUGAUUCCAUUCUUUUUAAUCUUAUUCCAGAAUGGAAAUACAAUGCAAGAAAUCUACGUAUUGAUUGAGUUAGUUAAUCAUAAUGUUUUGGAUGAUGAAUUUUUGAAAGAAUUGAAUAAAUCAUUGGGUGCUUGGACAAAUGUUAACAAUUUUUCCUCCUCAAGCAUGUUAUAUAAAUUCCUAUACAAGUUCAACAAUCCGAAAGAAUUUGAAAAUUUAAAUUCCAUUCGUUUCUUUGAAAUCCUUAUUCAAAUUAACGAUAAAUUGCCAUUGAGUUUAUCCGCCCCUUCGACUCCAAUAGUUAGUCAAUCAGGGCAAUUUUCAUUUACUAGUCCAAAAACUAAUGGCAGUGAAUCUAAUAAUUCUUCAAAAACAAACUCGAUCGACCAGAUGAAUGACUUGAAUAUACAGAAUGCAUUGAACUCGUCGUCUUAUAAUCUAAUUUUGAAGUUUCUUCAGUUAAUUAUAGUUUAUGCACAUUCUAAAAAGACAAAGAGUAAAAAUAAUUUAAAGGUUUUUCAAAGUUUCCUUAUGAUUAUCUUCCAAUACUAUCACAUAAACUGGAAUAAUUUUAGCGAGUUAGUUAAAUUGAAUAGAUCAAUUAAACUAAAUAAUAGUGCUGAUCAAUCUGCCAAUUUAGAUAGCUUUGCUGACAAAUGGAAAGAUGUUUUCAAACGAUUUUAA